CAAAGCUGUCAAGCUCCGGUCAUUCACUAAUAAUCUUUCUUUAUUUCUCUAAGUUUUUUAAUGUCUUCUCUCUUGAAGUUGGGAAUUUGGGGGAGAUAAUCAAAUCAAAUCCUCUCUUCCAUUCAAAUGCAUCUUUCUUAUCUUUUGGAGAGAUCUAAUGUUGAGUGGCAUCUGGAGGGACUACUUGUGAUUGCUCAACUCUCGAGUCUCUCUCUCCUAGGGUUAGGUCUUUGUUGCAUUUUGGUAAGGAGAAUCCAAAAAAUGGAUGAUCAUGGUUCUCUAAAAGUAGUCCCUCAGACGAACAGAGAUUUAGUAGAACAAAUGGAAAGGACUGGAGAUGGCAACAAAUUGCGAUGAUGGUGAAGCUGCUGAACCUGUUGUUACGAACAAUGAUAUUGAAAUGAAGACAGUGAGCUGGAAUGAUGAUCCUCAAGAAUUCAAAAAUCUUUGCAAGCAGAUAUUCGAUUCUUUCCCACAAGAUCCGCACUAUAAACCCCUUUUAAUCUACAGUGGCAGUAGUAUUAGAAAGGAAAUGUAGUUAUUGUCGAACGCCACAGGUAAUCUCUGGAAUCGGAGAAUACAUGGCACAUAUGUUAAGCCUUCCUGAAGAAAUUCUUCUGGAUAUAUUUCUAAGGUUAGCAGUGAUGUCACUGUUACCAUUAAGGUGUGUAUGCAAGCGCUUAAAAACUCUACUUUAUAGCUCUAAGUUUGUGAAAAUGCAUCUAAAUUAUAAUGUCGAGAAAAACAACAUUUGUGUUAUGUUUAAAGACAUCUGCAGUUGUGAACGCCUAGCAAUUUAUACAGUAAACAGUAAUGCGUUAGCAUCGUCAUUGACCACAUAUGAUUCAUGUGAUAAGGUUGUCGAGGUUGAACACCCAGUUAUUCCUCCAGAUUAUGAUUGCAUUAGUAUUUUGGGUUCUUGUGACGGUUUGUUGUGCAUAUCUGCUUGUGUAUCUGGUCGUUAUGAUGCAGAAGUUACUUGCAUAUGGAACCCAUCAACCGGAGAAUACAAGAAAUUACCUUCAUCAUUUAAGCACUUUCCCAACGAGGGCAGGAGUUUAUACGGGUUUGGCUACGAUACCAAGAUUGACGACUACAAAUUGGUAAAAGUUAGGGAUUUCGAUGGAAAAAGGGGUAGGUCCAAAUUCAAUGUCUAUAUGCUAGGAUCAAACUCAUGGAAAAGGUUUCAGCCCAUACCUUACUGGUUUCGACCAAAGUUUCCUGGGGUGCUUGUUAAUGGAAAACUUCAUUGGUUAGGUGUUACAAGAGCUGACAACUCCAGUGUUAUAGUUUCUCUGGAUAUCGGGAAUGAGAAAUUUGAUGAGAUGUCUUUACCAGAAGAACCUUUGGAGGCAAGGGAGGCUUUAAAAUACGUGGGAGCAUUAGAAGGGUGUCUUUGUAUGAUUUCUAAUUCAUAUGAUUUUAUGCGUCUUGUUGAUAUUUGGGUAAUGCAGGAAUACGGAGUGAUGAAAUCUUGGAGCAAGCGUUUCAGGCUUACCCAAGUAUUUAUUGCGCAAACGUAUUUCACGCCUUUGUGGUCCUUCAGACAUGGUGAGAUUCUGUUUGAGACUAGUCAAUGUUUAGUUUUAUACAACACACACCAUAACAUAGUUAAGGUGCUAAAGCUCUGUGAAGAUUCACAUUUUCCACGAAUAGAAUGGGCAGAGAAUUAUGUCUGUAGUCUAGUUCCAGUCAAAUCUAAUGUUUUUGUGGAGCGUAAGAAAAGCACGACGAAACCAGUAGCAACAUGGGUGGUAAAAGAUUAGCGACUCUGCAAUUGAAAUGUAUUUUUUUUUUUCUUUUUUUGUGUGUUUGCUCAAUUUUGGGCACUUCUCAAUUUCACAAGUAAUGUUAUUCUAAACAUCUUGUUCUUAAAAUUUUGGAUUACAAUUAUGUCACUGAUU